AACCGCGGGCGGAGCGAGGCUGAGGAGUGGCCCUGAGAGCCAGCUCCGCCCCGUUGUUCCUGCCUGAGUAGGAAGGAACAACGCAGAGAGCGCCGCCCACCAGCCAGUCGGUUCCCGCGCGUGCCGAGACUCUGAGGCCUUGCACCCCCCACGACCCCGCAGGAUGGCCGUCAAGAAGAUCGCGAUCUUCGGCGCCACUGGCCAGACCGGGCUCACCACUCUGGCGCAGGCGGUGCAAGCAGGUUACGAAGUGACGGUGCUGGUGCGGGACUCCUCCAGGCUGCCUUCGGAGGGGCCCCAGCCGGCCCACGUCGUAGUGGGGGAUGUUCUACAGGCAGCCGAUGUGGACAAGACUGUGGCUGGGCAGGACGCUGUCAUCGUGCUGCUGGGCACCCGCAAUGACCUCAGUCCCACUACAGUGAUGUCCGAGGGUGCCCGGAACAUUGUGGCAGCCAUGAAGGCUCACGGUGUGGACAAGGUCGUGGCCUGUACCUCGGCCUUCCUGCUCUGGGACCCCAGCAAGGUGCCCCCACGACUGCAGGCCGUGACCGAUGACCACAUCCGGAUGCACAAGGUGCUGCAGGAGUCAGGCCUGAAGUAUGUGGCUGUGAUGCCACCACACAUAGGAGACCAGCCGCUAACUGGGGCGUACACGGUGACCCUGGAUGGACGAGGGCCCUCGAGGGUCAUCUCCAAACAUGACCUGGGCCACUUCAUGCUGCACUGCCUCACCACCGAUGAGUAUGACGGGCACAGCACCUAUCCCUCCCACCAGUACCAGUAGCACUCAAUCCCCAUCAGGGAGGGUGGCAUUCUGGGACAUGAGGAGCACAGGAAGGAGGCAAUAAAUGUUGAGCCAAGAGCUUCAAAUUAUUCUAGAGAA